GCAGAAAGUGGCAGUGUUUUCUGUCAGUUCACCUCUGAAGUCAUGCUGUACUGGACUUUUUGUGAGUGGAGAGUGCUGCUGCUGAUCGCUCUGCUGCGGGAUGGCCUCUGGGCUCUGGGAUUGAAACCCACGAGAUGGCCACUGUAUUCCCAAAAGCCUUUGCUUUUCGCUUGGAAUAUCCCGACUCAGGAAUGCAACCCAUGGCACGGGGUAUCUUUUAAUCUGGAGCAGUUCCAGAUUGUGGCCUCGCCAAACGAGGGCUUCGUCAGGCAGAACCUGACGAUGUUCUACAAGGAACGUUUGGGUUUGUACCCUCACUUUGGGGCGGAUGAAAUGGCGGUGAACGGGGGCCUGCCUCAGGUGGCCAGUCUCUCGCAGCACCUAGAUAAGAUGCAGGAAGGGGUUCGGAAGUACAUCCGGGAGCCGGGGGCCACAGGCUUAGCGGUUAUCGACUGGGAGGACUGGCGCCCUGUUUGGUUACGGAACUGGGCACCCAAAGAUAUCUACCGCAGGCGUUCCGAAGAGCUGGUGCGCCAAAAGAACCCCACUUGGAGUCGUGAGCAGGUGAAAAAAGUGGCCCAGCAGGAGUUUGAGAUGUCCGCCAAAAGGUUCAUGCUGGAGACGCUGAGGCAGGGCAAACACCUGAGGCCCAACCAGCUGUGGGGGUUCUACCUGUUCCCCGACUGCUACAACCACGACUACAAGCUCUUUCUGGACAGCUACACCGGCCGCUGCCCUGACGUGGAGGUGUCCCGCAACAAUCAGCUGAGGUGGCUGUGGACCGAGAGCACGGCCCUCUACCCCUCCGUCUACAUGAGCGCCAUGCUGCGUUCCUCAGCGUCCGGCCGGAAGUUUGUCCGGAACCGGGUGAAGGAAGGCAUGCGUUUGGCUUCAUCGGGCGAGGGCUUGGCGCGUCCUGUCUUUGUGUACACCCGCCCCACCUACAUCGACUCCUUGGAGCAGCUAACAGAGACUGAUCUUGUGUCGACUAUCGGGGAGAGCGUGGCUCUGGGAGCAGCUGGAAUCAUCCUGUGGGGGGAUGCGACAUAUGCCACUAACAGGACCACCUGCUCGGACCUGGAUGUGUAUCUUCGGGGAACGCUGGGUCAAUACCUCCUCAACGUCUCCACGGCAGCAGAGCUGUGCAGCCGGGCCCUGUGUGCUUCUCACGGCCGCUGUCUGCGCAGAGACCCCGACAGUGACCUCUACCUGCACCUGAACCCCCUCACCCACACCAUCAGCGGGCAGGGCGGCAGGCUGACGGUCAGCGGUCAGCUCGGGGACGCGGACAGAGCGAGUUUCAGCUCGGACUUUGAGUGCCAGUGCUACAGCGGCUUUCAAGGAGAGGGCUGCAAACAAAUAGACGCUCUGCACCAGAGGGGGGGGGGGCACUCAGGCCGGGGCGUCCGUACUGCAAUGUGUGCUCCUACUGACCGCGUUUGCGCUCCUGUGUUAGUACAGCACACAUUCGGAAUGAUUGGUUCUGUUUUUUGUACUUCCCUUUUCCAUGCAAGUUUUAGUCAGAUCAUGAGACUUCUGGUUUCUGGAGAAAACCACAAUCUAAAGUCCUUUUCCACAUAUAAACCAGGGAUGUGGUACCUACACCUCCUGGGCCUGGCCUGCCUGGUUUCUGGGCUGCAGACCCCAACAUCGUCUUUCUCCCACGUGCCUUUCCUCUCUGUGUGGAACGCCCCAACUGCCAGCUGCCUCUCUCAGUACGGCGUGGACCUUGACCUGGGGACAUUCAGCAUCGUCCAGAACCAGAACCAAACCUUCAUGGGUGAAAACAUUACCAUCUUUUAUGCGGAAAAGCUCGGUCUGUAUCCCAGGUACUCUGUCCAGGGGGAGGCCAUUAACGGGGGACUGCCCCAGAACGCCAGCCUGGACGACCACCUCAGAGCCGCCCGUGAAGAUAUCCGCACCUAUAUCGCUGACAGGGAUUUCCAGGGCCUGGCGGUGGUAGAUUGGGAGAGCUGGCGACCUUUAUGGGAGAGAAACUGGGACAGUAAGCAGGUGUACUGGGAGGGGUCCAGGGCGCUGGUCAGAUCCAGGCACCCAGACUGGAGCCCGGCGCAGGUGGAGGCCGCGGCGCGGGUGGAGUUUGAGAAAGCCGGGAGGAAAUUCAUGGAGGAAACUUUGAAACUUGGCCAGCAAAUGAGACCAAGUGGCCUGUGGGGGUAUUACGGUUUUCCCAACUGCUACAACCACUACAGUGCCAAAAGCGCCAACUACUCGGGGGAGUGUCCAGUUGUGGAGCUGAAGAGGAACGACCAGCUGUUCUGGCUGUGGAACGCCUCCUCCGCCCUGUAUCCGGACAUCUACCUCAGCCUGGAGCUGCGCGGCCUGGACAGAGAGGUGCUCCUCUACGCUCACCACCGCAUCCUGGAGGCCGCCAGGGCCGCGGCUCAGGUCACCCCAUCAGCACUUCCUGUGUAUCCCUACGCCCGCAUCGUCUACACCUACACGCUGGAUUUCCUCUCACAGGCAAGAAGCACGUUUAAACACCUGGUCUACACGAUUGGAGAGAGUGCUGCUUUAGGGUCUGCCGGGGUGGUGCUUUGGGGGGACCGGGCCUUUUCCAAAUCCAAGGCUACUUGUGAGGCUGUGAAGUCGUUUCUUGAUCAGACUCUGGGUCCUUACCUGGUCAAUGUGACGGCAGCCGCAGUCCUCUGCAGUCAGACCAUGUGCUCCUCCAAAGGACGGUGCCGGAGGAGGAACCUGGACUCCAAAUCCUUCCUCCACCUCGACCCAGCUGCAUGGAGGGUGGUGCCUGAGAAGAAGCCAACAGGAGGGAGGAACUACCAGGUUGUAGGACAGAUGGGAGCAUCUCAGGAGCAGUUCAUGAAAUCUGAGUUUCGAUGUGGUUGUUACGCUGGAUGGACGGGUGACAAUUGCUCCAAGCCUUCUUAGAAACAAGGAUUUCUUUGUCUUAAAAAUGUUCCUUAAUUUCUGUUGGCACAGGCAUAUGUAUUAUAGGGAAAAGAUGUCAACAUUUCAAAUCUUUUAUCUAUGUUUGUUUUAUAUUUUUCUUUUUAAUUUACACAGUUUGUGCUAAAAGUUUGCAAUGUGUCAUGAUAAGAAUUGAUUGGUUAUCAACAAGAUUUUAAAAUCCCUCGUUACCAUGUGACCAGAGUUUGAACUUAGAUAUAUCAUAAGUUAAAUAUACAGUAAUGGAAAAUAUAUUGCUCGAUUAAAAACCCCUCAGCAGUAUAUUAAAUAGUUGAAGUAGUUCCACACCUGCCUCAGACAGCUGAAAACCCAGUUAGUGCAGAUGUAAGUCUACUUGAUUAAUGCUGUAUUAAAUCGUUUCAAU